ACCGUACAUACACCAGCUUGCAAGUGCACCUCUUUGUAAUGGAAGAGAUUUCUUAAGUUGUCUCCGUUUUGCGGCUAUGCUCAGACUGGAAAUAUAUUUGCAACUGCGUAAUACCGAAACGCGCAAGCGUUGAACAUUCCAAUAAGUCCAUUGGUCGCUUCUUCGUGAAGUUCGAUAUUUAUUUAUUUACGUUUUAUACCUUCAAAACCGCAUCGCAUUUCCAUCCGUCAGGGAGGCCAUUUAAUUGACUUUGUUUUCGUUGCUGUCAGGUAACAGUUGGAACAAUCGAUAGCUAAGGACGCCAGUGAUAGUUGUUUUGCGGUGCAUCCGUAUUGCAAUAAAUUCUUGGUGUUUUACAAAAAGGUUUUCUACAAUUGUAAUAAUGGCCAGCAAGAAACGCGAUUUGGAGAUUAUUUACAAUCUAGUAUGGAAGAAUCGUUUGUUGGGGGACGAUCGUUCCAACAUCGUCGGGGUCUAUGAUAUUCCUUCUACAACCUUAAAUUGGGAAAAAUUUAAAUCAUAUUUGUUGAAAAAUUCAGGUACUUCAACUGAACAUAUAAGGGUGUACUAUGUUGACGUCAAUGAUAGAGAACUGCCCAUAGAAUCUCAAGAAGAUUUCCAAUUGGCCCUAUAUUCUUUCAGAAAGAGGGCUCGCGAUGGAGAUAUUAAUAUGUUGAAAUUAGAAAAAGUAGCUAAUCCCAAAAAUACUGCUGUAAAAAGGAAGGUAGCCAAACCUAGAGAGGAAUUAGUAGAUAAAAUCAAGAUGGACAGUCCACCUGAAUGGUUCACGCGUUACAUGAGAAAGUUUAAAAAGGAAAUGAUGGAGGAGAUUACUACUACCAUGAUGAAAAUAAAUUCGUCGCGAAAAUCCAGAAGCGAACCUAUGAAAAUGCCAGCAGUACCAUUGGAAUUAACCAAUAAAGAUUUAAAACAUUUAAAAUCCGAGAAAAAGUUGGAGAAUAAGCUGGAAAAGUUGGAUUUAAAAACGUUUAAAAUUAAAACCUUGAAGCAGGCUUUAAAGGAUGUGAAUGAAUCUCGUAGCACUCCGCUCAUAAAUGAAAUUGAAUAUAUGAAUGUAUCUUUGGCAACUAACGUUAUUUUUCCAAUGGUUCACUUGUUGGGCGGAGAAACAUAUAUGCAUAGUUGGGAGAUUAUCAAUUGUGGAAUGUUACCAUGGGAUAAGAAUACGGUAAUACAGUUUGCCUGGGGUUCGAAAGAUUUAGUUCCAAUUGAACGGGUCGUUGAAUGUCCUCAUUUAAAACCCGGAGAAAUUGGAACUAUAAGCACAUACUACAGUGUACCAGAAAUUCCUGGAUUGUACGAAUGUUACUGGCAUUACCUCCAUCAUGGUAAAAGAUUUGGCAAAUGGCUGGGACUGCAGGUGACUGUGGAUGAUAUUAAGAAGAGAAAACAUGAUACUAAAGUGGAAAGCGCUGUUGAAAUUGAGUCAAAUAUCAAAACUGAAAAUGAUGUAUUGGAGAGUAUAUCAUCCUUGAAUUUGAAUGAAAAUGAUGACUCCGGCAUGGUUGAGCCAGAUGAACAUAUUAAACCGGAAAAUACAGAAGCAGAUAACAUAAGUAUAAUAUCUUUGAAUGGAAGCAAUUCCUCAAAAGACGGUUACGUAAUGAUCUACGGCAAUGAAAGUGCUGAGCAGGAAAAUGCACAAGCUAUUGUCAAAGAAGAAAAAACAGAAGAACAAGAACCUGUAACUCAUAAUAAUGAAGAAAUAAAUGUGGCAGAAGAUGUCGUUACUGAUUAUGCAUUUAUAUAUUACAACGGAGAAAAAUAUCCGUUGGACAAGAAAUAUCUGAAAGAAGAUUAUUUCCAACAAGCUGAGACAGAACCCACAGUUUGGAUUAAGCCAGAAAAUGCAACUGUCGAAAUUCCACCAGAAGAAGCAAAUAACGAAGGAGGUCUUUCAAGUGAUCCUAUGAUUCAAUCCAUGUUGUCAUCCUGUGAGAACAGAUUGUUUAUUUUUCCGCAGCAAAGUCCUGGCUUUGAAGUAGUUCAAGCAGCUUCAACACCUCAAGUAUCCAAACUCGAAGAAUUAGAACUGACAACAAAUUCUGUUAAUGAAACAGCUUUACAAGAAGAUCCACAAAAUACAGAAUUUCACAGCGCCGACGAGUACGAAGAUCAAAACAAAAAUAUUGCUAGUGCUGCAAUUAGUAAUUCCUUUAAUUUGGGCGGAUCCGAAUCUGUCUCUAAUCGUUCAUGUAGCCACCAUCCACAUGAUAGCCCCAGGUGCUGUUUCAAGGAUAGAUCCAUGUCUGAGAGUCAUCAGAAUAUGACUCAUCACGAUGAUUACGAAUGCGAGUAUUCGUCUUAUUCUUCAAGAUCUUCUACAUCAAGACCGCAAAACAUACCACAGGAAAAUUUGCUGACCGGAGCUGCUCUGUUGGCCAGCUCCGCCAUGAGCACCGCUCGCAGCAUGAUGGAUAUGGUAAUGCAGAGUGGCAAAUGGGUAAAUGGUCACUGGGUAUCCGAAAACCCUAACAGUAAGCGUGAAUCUGCUUUGCUUGCUUUAUCAGAAAUGGGUUUCAAUGAUCGCGAUCUAAAUGCAACACUUUUGGCGCGUUACAAUGACGACGUCUGCAAAGUUGUCUCUGAGUUAAUCCAGUAAUUUGGAGAAAAAAGUAAUAUAUAUAUAUACAUUAUUUUCAAAUCCUAUUAUAUUUAGUCAAGGAUUUAUAAGUAUACUAUGUAUGUGUUAAUUAAGCUUUAAAAUUCAUAUGUUUAUAGAAUAGAGCAAAGAUAUAUAUAUAUAUUAACUAUAACUAUUUAGAGUUCGAGAAUACAUCUCAAAUUAUAAUAAUAAUAAUAUUAA